UUGAACCGUGGAAGACUUUGCCGCGUGACGUCACAUGCCGCUCAACCAUUUACCGUACCUAAUGGACAGAGCACCGCGUUCGGCUAUAGCUCAUUGUUUUUUCACUUCUCUUUUUUUUUUUAAUUUUUAUGGUCGCCAAUUAUUUAAUAACGAAAUAAUAAUGUGUAAGUGGUAGGUUAGGUAGUAAGAAGCAACAGCAGUCUCAUAAUUAUAAUAGAUAAACAAGAUUAAUCGUAGUCCAUCGAGUCAACGGAUUCAACCACCAUCGAAAUGUCGAGACAGGACGACCGAAGACACAAACACCCGUCGAAAAGACACGAAGAAUGAAAACAGAAGCACAAAUCUUGGAGAGCAGGAGGGAGGAAAUCACCUUCCUUUAUUUGGUAGGCGGGGAGGUUGUUGAUCGAUAUUUGAUGGUUAAUUUUCAGGCAUAACAAUAAGCAUACAUCAAUACACUUAAUUCCGUCAUUUAUGUAAUGCGAGCUCAGCUCUCCAAUUUUUUUCCCUUAGAAAUCCUGCGGUUCGUUGACACAUUUGUAUUAGAUAAUGGUAAAAGCCCAUGAAUCAUGGAGCAUUAUGUCUCCAACAGGCGCACCGGCUUUACCACCUCGUAAACUAUCACAGACCAAUACCAAUCACUCUCAAUCUGUUGAAUCAAUAGCAACCAGAUUACAAAACCCAUUGCAAGAACCUAGUUGCAUAGAGGAAGCAGAAUGGUAUUGGGGUGACAUAACUAGAGAUGAGGUACAAGAAAAACUAACUGAUAUGCCUGAUGGCACAUUUCUGGUUCGAAAUGCAUCAAAUAAGGCUGGAGAGUAUACGCUGACUCUUAGAAAAGGAGGAACCAAUAAAUUAAUUAAAAUUUAUCAUAAAAAUGGAAAAUUUGGGUUUUCAGAACCUUACAAUUUUUCUUCAGUUAUUGAUCUUGUAAACCAUUAUCGUAAAGUUUCAUUGUCACAAUAUAAUGCUACAUUAGAUGUAAAAUUGUUGUAUCCUGUAUCCAGAUUUCAACAAGAUGAAGAGUCUGGUACUUGGAAAAGUUUAAAUGUAGAAGGACUAUGGAAGCGUUUAUUUGAUGUGCUUGUUGAAAUAUUGAGGAAGUCAAGUUCAUAUGACGCAUUAUCAAAACAAUUUCAAACUGCCAUGGCUGAUAUAUCAGCUAUGCGUAUGGGACUGCAACAAUAUCACGAAGUAAAUAAAAUGUUUGAAGAACAGUUAAAGAUACAUGAUAAAUUUCUUAAAAAAGCUGAACGACAUGAAGCAGAUAAUUUGGUUAAAAAUAUUGAAAUUGUAAAAAAACGAAUGAAGUAUCUGCUAGAUGGGAAAGCAAUAUUAGAGGAUAAAUUAUAUAGUCAAGUAUCAUACAGUCAGACAUUAGAGCGGGAAAUGUAUCAAUUAAAGCAAGAAGUUGCAGCCUUAACACGCCAAAAAGAUAAAUCAGUCCGAUGGUUAUUGACCCAUGGAGUAGCUUUGGAUGAUAUCAAUCAAGUGCUGAACGGCACUGAUUGGAAUACUUGUAAUCCUGAAGAUAUACAACUACCCCUCAACAUUUCUCAUUUCGAUGAGAGUACAUGGUUAUUAGAAUCAUGUUCACGUGCUGAUGCUGAAAGUUUACUAAAUGGCAAACGUAACGGAACGUUUUUAAUUCGACCUAGUCGUACUGGACAGUCAGCAUUAUCUAUUGUUUGUAAUGGAGUUGUGAACCAUUGUAUAGUAUAUAGAACACCUAAAGGAUAUGGAUUUGCUGAACCUUACAAUAUUUACUCUUCUUUGAAGGAUCUAGUCUUGCAUUAUUCUCAAACUUCCUUAGAAGAACAUAAUGAUUCUCUGACUACUACAUUAGCUUACCCAGUGUUAGCUGAAAAUGACAAAAAAUAAAAUUAAUAGUAUAUUACCAACAUCAUUAAAUACAAAGUGUAUUAAAUUUGGUGAUAAAA